AUGAAAGACGCCGAAUUAGAAAGUGUUAAAAAGGUGGGAAAAGCAAAUGGUAAAAAGUCGGCUGUUAAGGAAGAACUUUCUGAUUCCGAAAGUGAUGUACCGCUCGGAAAAAGAGGUAAUAAAGGGAAAAACGCAGUAAAAAAGGCCAGUCCUCAGAAAAAGAAAAAAAAGGAAGACCCCGCAGAAAAAGAUAUGUCAGAAAAAAAGAAGGGUAAACAAAAGGUUGUAAAAGAAGAAUCAGAUGAGGAAGACGAUGAAGAAUAUCGUUGGUGGGAAGCUGAAAAUGCUAAGGGUGAUGGUACUGUCAAAUGGAAUACUCUAGAACAUAAUGGAGUAUAUUUUCCUCCUGAAUAUGUUCCGCAUAAUGUGAAGAUGAAGUAUGAUGGCAAAGAGGUGCAUCUUGAACCUGAAGCAGAAGAAGUUGCAACAUUUUAUGCUGCUGCCUUAAAUACUGAACAUGUCGAAAACCCCACAUUCAAUGAAAAUUUUUUCAGAGACUUUAAGGCAAUUUUGGAUAAGUCUGACAAGAAUCCGCCCAUUGAGGAUUUCAAGAAAUGUGACUUCACGCCAAUCUUAGACCACCUUGAACGAGAAAAGGAAAAACGGAAAGCAAUGUCAAAGGAAGAAAAACAAAAACUCAAAGAAGAAAAACUUCAAUUGGAAGAGAAGUAUGGUUAUUGUUAUUUAGAUGGUCGAAAGCAAAAAGUUGGCAAUUUCCGAAUUGAACCUCCAAGCUUAUUCCGUGGUCGUGGUAAACACCCAAAGACAGGUUCAUUGAAGCUUCGAGUUCAACCGGAGCAAGUAACUAUCAAUAUUGGCAAAGCGGCAAAGGUUCCUGAACCUCCAGCAGGUCAUAACUGGAACAAAGUUAUCCAUGAUAACACAGUAACUUGGCUUGCAACAUGGAAAGAGAAUGUCAACGAGAAUAUUAAAUAUGUUUUUUUAGCCGCCAACAGUACACUAAAAGGUCAAAGCGAUUUUAAGAAAUUUGAAAAGGCUCGUGAACUUAAGGAUAUUGUUGCAAAAAUUCGACAUGAUUACAAUAAAGACAUGACGAACAAAGUAACAGCAAUUCGCCAACGUGCUACAGCUAUGUAUUUUAUUGACCGUCUUGCACUCAGAGCUGGCAAUGAGAAGAAGGAGGGUGAAGAAGCCGAUACAGUAGGCUGUUGUUCGCUUCGUUUCGAACAUAUAAGGCUGGAAGCGGGAAAUACUGUUCAUUUUGACUUCCUUGGUAAAGAUUCAAUACGAUAUCAGAACACUGUAACUGUAGAUGGUCAAGUUUUCAAAAACCUCAAGCUUUUCCAAAGACACAAGGAAUCCGAUAAAGAUCAAUUGUUUGAUAGAGUAAACACACAAGAAUUGAAUAAACAUCUUUCGUCAUACAUGGAUGGCUUAACAGCUAAAGUGUUCCGUACUUAUAAUGCUUCACAUACUUUUCAAGAACAACUUAAAAAUACUCCGGUAAGUGGAUCCGUCAACGAAAAGAUUUUAGCGUAUAAUCGAGCAAACCGUGAAGUGGCUAUUCUAUGUAACCAUCAACGUACUGUCAGUAAAACAUUUGAUAAUCAAAUGAAUAGAAUUGAAGAUAAGAUACGUGCUUUGAAAUAUCAAAAGAUGAGACUUAAGAAGACGAUGUUGACAUUGGAUCCAAAGCUGAAAAAGAAAAGACCUGAACUCGAUGAACCGGAGUCCGAUUUAGGAGAAGAAUGGUGUGAAGAAUAUGAGAAGCACUUAGAAGAAAAAGAAAAAGAUAGACUUCGAAAGAAGUUUGAAAAAGAUAAUGAAAAACGCAAGUCAGAGGGUAAGGGGCCGCUCUCUGAAAGUGAAUUGAAUGAACAGCUCGAGGAGGCUGAGGAAAAAACUAAGCAAUUAUCUAAAGAACGUAAGACAGGAAAAAUGGAAGUGAAGAAAAGUCAAACAGUUGAGAAAGUUGAAGCUCAAAUUGAAAAAGUUAAUGAACGUAUCAAGGUAGUUAAUCUCACAAAAGUCGAAAAAGAAGAAAAUAAAACUACUGCAUUAGGGACCUCGAAGAUAAAUUAUAUUGAUCCUCGUAUUUCGGCUGCUUGGUGUUAUAAACAUGAUGUACCGAUUGACAAAAUUUUCAACAAAAGCCUACGUGACAAGUUCAAGUGGGCUAUGGAAGUAGAUAAGAACUGGGUAAGUGUCUAUCUAUUAUUUAAUUAG